CAGGCUCUACACCGUGAAGAUGAGAAAGUAGGACAUGUUCAUGCGUUCAGGUUGCCCCUCAAGGCCCCGGGAUGAGCAUGCGUGAAGAGAACCACGACGAACAAGGACAGCACACACCGCUGUCAAACAUUCGGAACAGAGUGGCAAGGGGACGCUUCUCUGUGCUACUUGGAAGUAACAAACUCUGUUUAACUUAAGUAGUCAGCGUUUGCACCGUAUUUGCGAGAGGUAUGAAGAGACCCCUCAGUCCCACUCAUCUUCUGGACAACGGGGGGAUGUGCGCCCCCUUUGGCACCUACGGGGAAGUGGAGGAGCCUGGCCCAGGCCACGCCCACUCCCAGCGGGAGAAGAAGACGCCGUUCUCCCUGUGCGAGGUCUGCAACAUCCAGCUCAGCUCCGCCGCCCAGGCCCAGGUCCACUACCACGGGAAGUCACACCUGAAGAGGGUCAAACAUCUUAGCAACGGAGAGGCUCCUACGGCAACUGGCCCCGCCCCCAUCCCCGGACACGCCCCCCUCUCCACCAUCAGCACCGGAAGUCCGUGUCAGAGCAGUACGCUCCCGGCUCUUGUGCGGACCCCUUCCCUGAUGCCGCCACAGUCCGUGUUGGAUGUGAAGCCCUUUCUGUCUUUCCCAGUGGACAGUGCAUCUCCCGUUGGACUCUUUCCCAACUUCAACACAAUGGACCCUGUGCAGAAAGCUGUAAUUAACCACACGUUUGGAGUCUGUGUCCCACCAAAGAAGAAGCAAGUCAUUUCCUGCACUGUCUGCCAGCUGCGCUUCAACUCUGACAGCCAGGCGGAGGCACACUACAGAGGCAGUAAACACGCCAAGAAGCUGAAAGCACUGGACUCCAGCAAGAACAAGCAGAAAACCACACCUACCAAGGACAGCACCAAGACAAUGGGCUCCUGCCCCUCCCCGGCCACCAGUAGCAGCGCUGAGCCUCUGGAGAACAGCAUGGCCUCCCCGACUGUGCCGAAAACCUUGGCUCCGCCCAAAGCUCCGGUCCCCACGGCGACGGGCGUGUCGUUGUCGUCCUGCCUCCCCAGGCCCACGUCCCAGCCAGCACCCAGCAGCUCUCCCACGGAGGCCGCCAAUCAGGCCCCGCUCACAGCCACGCCUCCAACCACGGCCGAAUCAGAGGAGGAGAGGGCCAGAAAACUCCUGUACUGCUCGCUAUGCAAAGUGGCCGUCAACUCCCUGUCUCAGCUGGAGGCCCACAGUACAGGCUCUAAACACAAAACCAUGCAGGAGGCCCGGGACGGAGCGGGCCCCAUCAAGGCCUACCCUCGGCCCGGGGCCAAGCUCAAGGUCCAGGCCGCUGUGAUCAAAGGAUCCGGCUUGCAGAACAAGACGUUUCAUUGUGAAAUCUGUGAUGUGUACGUGAACUCAGAAAUUCAGCUCAAACAGCACAUCUCCAGCAGGAGGCACAAGGACAGAGUGGCAGGGAAGCCUCUGAAGCCCAAAUACAGCCCCUACAGCAAGCAGCAGCGCGGAAACACAGCACUGGCGGUGAAACUGGCGCUUCAGAAGGACCUUGCCAAGCCGUUAUCCCCGGCCUUCAUUUCCAGCCCCUUCUGCCCGACGAGCAUGGCCUCCCUCCCCCUCCACGCCCGGCCCAGCACCCCCCUCUUUCAGACGCCCGCUCUGCCCCCCCCCUUCCUGCACCCCUCUCCGGGGCCCAUACGGCCAGCCGUAGGGUCUGCCAUCCUGUUCUCUCCAUACUGACCCCGGCGCAGACCCUGCACAUGGCCUGUUCCAGCAGAGCCAAAAUGGCGCCUUCCACCCAGGACCUUCAUGGAAAAAACACGUAGUUAUCAAAGUGGUUUUACCCGCAACUGCACCCAGCGAUCCCAGCUUCUAGACAAGAGUUUUUGCAUCGCAUGCAGCGUGUAAGUACUGCAAAGGCAUCAAACCUCUUCCUGAAUGACUUGAAUUUUCAGUCUUCCAAAACAAUGAAACGGACACCUCCGACUCCAAUGCAAAUUUUAGUGUUGAGGAGAGCCUCCCCCCAGACUGAGACGCUACACAGUUUCAGUCCCAGCUGGAUUCAGUCAGAGACGUUUCAGCCUCAGCGCUGUGUUGAAUUCUGUAAUGCAGGUGAAGAGCUGUGAGCACAGCUCAGCUAAAGCUGACUUAUUUUAUGUUUAGCCAUCUGGAUAUGGUUAUGGUUUGUUCUGGUCUGUUAUGGUUUUGCAAUUCUUUUUUCCCCCCCUGAAGAGAACGCUCCAGAAAACUUAGGAUUAAACAGUUUCUGAGCAGCUGUGCUGUUUCAUCAAAGGCUUUAAGUGUUUCUGUGUGCGGUUCAGCGGCGGUGAAGCCUACACCGUCUCUCUGGGCCCUACGGAAAGCUCGUCCCAGCAGAGCCAAAAUGGCGUCACUGACUGUUCUUAAGCAGGUUUUUCUGUUCAGAGAACAACAUGAUUUAGAAUUGCCCAGCACUAUAAGUCCUGCCUGUUCUUUGGCAGAGAAAUGAUGAACCUUCUGUGCAGUGUAAUGGAGCUGCAUUGUGGUGUGACAUUUACAGUGAUGCAAUAAUGGGCAGAAUCUUAGAUAUUUACAAUCAGAACAGUCUAUUUAAAGGCAAUAACAACUGUGUAGUAUUGGGAGAAUAGUACAUAGAAUAUAGAUGCAAUGGUUUGUAUUUUUUUAAUUUAAAAAGCAAUCCACACCAGGAACGACACAGAGUUGUUCAAUCGACUGUAGAGUGUUAAUUUAGUGAAUAAUAUGU